GGUUUUCCUUCAAGUCCAAGUCUUCCACAGAAUCUUCAUUUUCCCAGGAAAAUCUUCCCUGUUUCCAGCAAAAGAAAAUCAGUUCUGCAAAAAAAAAACUCAUGGGGAGGACUGGAUUGUUUGAUCUUGAAGGAAACUUUGCCUUCCAUGGAGCAUAUCACAACAACCCAAUUAACAUUUUCAUACACACUUUCUUGGUGUGGCCAUUGUUCUUCACUUCUGUUCUUCUUUUCCACUUCACACCUUCCCUCUACAGUUUCCCAAUUCAUGGCCUCGAAUUAAAUUUGGGGUUUGUUUUCACGUUGGCGUAUUGUUUGUAUUACGUCAAAUUGGACAAGAAAGCUGGGUCCUUGGCAGCUUUGAUCUGUAUUCUCUGCUGGGUUGGAGCCAGUGUUCUUGGCAGUGAGCUAGGGUUUUCUAAGUCGUGGAAGGUUGUUCUGGGUGGUCAGUUCUGCAGUUGGGCUGGACAGGUCAUAGGCCACGGGAUAUUUGAGAAGAGAGCCCCUUCAAACAACUUUCUUCAGGGACUUCUAAUGGGGCCGUACUUUGUGCUGCUGGAGCUUCUUCACUCAACUUUUGGGUAUGAACCCUAUCCAGGGUUUCAUAAAAGUGUUACGGCAAAGAUUGAAGCUGAUAUCAAAGAUUGGAAGGCCAAGAACCAAAAGAAAGUCUCCUAAUUAAUUUAGGUGCUCUGAGAUAUAUGAAUGUACUAAUAAUACUAUUAGGUUAUUAUUUAUCUAAAUUAUGUCAACUCGAUCUCUAUAGUUUCGUCCAAUCAAUUUUAUGAACUUACAUAAUUGUACGAGAAAAUUUUUCGGUUGUGACCGUCACAAGAUUCUUUGUGACAACUAGCUUAUAUGAAAGUUUCAGUUUUUUAA